AUGGCAGGACAACCUGUAACAACAUUUCACAAAGCUGUAGCUUUAAUUUCAGCAGUUUGCGUCGACCUUUUCUUCUUUUACGCGUCAGGGUUUGUUGCAAUUCACGGCGCGUUUGGGCAUCUGGCGCGUCUGUGGGUCUUUGCAGCUCUGCGAUGGUCAGUCAUUAUUUUUGUAGCUCUCCUCAUACUGGGAGACCUCAAGCCGCGGCUGAUUCGUUUCAUAACGGCUCACAGUCUGCUUCCAGCCGUGCUGGAGACCGGAACCAGGCUUUACGGUGCGGAGAGCCAGUGCGGUCAGGUGGUGGAUGUGCGCUGCUGGCUCAUGUUCGCCGGCGCGUCGCUCGGAGCUGCGCUCUUCUGGGAGAUCACCAUCCCGGACAGCGAUGAGGAGGCUGAGAGUAAGGAGCAGAAACACAAGUCCAGAGUUCUGUUCAUGAGAGUCCUUCACCUUUACAAGCCCGACUACCUCCUGCUGCUCGGAGGUCUCGUGUUCCUGUCGCUGGCUGUCAUCUGUGAGAUGUUCAUCCCAUUCUACACAGGCAGAGUCAUUGACAUCCUUGGAAGUCAUUACCAACAAAAUGAAUUUCUCACUGCACUUGUUUUCAUGGGGCUGUUUUCAGUGGGAAGUUCAGUGAGUGCCGGCUGCAGAGGGGGUGUCUUACUUUGUGCCAUCAGCUCAUUUACAUGCAGAAUCAAAGUGAUGCUGUUUGAAGCUUUGACUAAACAGGAAAUUGGGUUUUUUGAAGUCAUAAAAACAGGUGAAAUCACAUCUAGAUUGUCCAGAGACACCAACCUGACAGGAAGAACAGUAUGUUUGAAUGUCAACGUGUUGCUGAGAACUUUCAUCAAGACUAUGGGCAUGAUCUUCCUGAUGAUGUCUCUGUCAUGGAAGCUCACCUUGCUUGUACUGAUGAAAACACCCAUCACUGGUCUCAUACAGAACAUCUAUGACACACACUACCAGAGGUUAUCCCAGGCCAUGCAGGACUCAGUGGCUCAUACAAAUGAUGCUGCAAACGAGGUUGUGUUUGGUAUUCGUGUGGUUCGAAGUUUCAACACAGAAAAACAUGAAGCUGAUCGUUAUGAUAAACGAUUAAUGGAAACACACACUCUGAAAACCCGCCGGGACACUGUGGAGGCAAUUUACCUGCUCGCACGGAGGUUUACAGGUUUGGGGAUGCAGGUCUUUAUUCUGUACUAUGGCAGACUUUUUAUCCGGAUGGGACAGAUGACCACAGGAAGUCUCGUUUCUUUCAUCAUCUAUCAGUCAGAUCUUGGAGACAAUAUCAGGACACUUACUUAUAUCUUUGGUGACAUGCUGAACUCAGUGAUGGCUGCUGGGAAAGUGUUUGAGUACCUGGACAGAAAACCUCAGGUCAGCACAGAUGGAAAACUCAAACCGGAUCAGCUGAAAGGACACAUCAGAUACCACAGUCUCAACUUUGCCUAUCCUUCAAACCCCAACAAAACUGUGCUGCAGGACUUUUCCUUGGAUCUGAAGCCUGGUCAGAUGACAGCUCUUGUCGGUCCAUCUGGAGAAGGAAAAAGCACCUGUGUGAGUCUGUUGGAGAGACUGUAUGAGCCUCAGGACGGAGGAAUCUUUCUUGACGGGGAGCCACUUAGAUCCUAUGAUCACCGCUUCUUCCACAAGAAGGUUGCCGUGGUGAGCCAGGAGCCUGUUCUGUUCUCCGGCUCUGUCAGAGAUAACAUCACCUACGGACUUACUGGCUGCUCAUUGGAUGAAAUUGAGGAAGCGGCACGCAAAGCCAACGCACAUGAAUUUAUUCAACAACUAAAGAACGGCUAUGAUACAGAGGUGGGUGAGAGUGGCGGCCAGUUAUCCAAGAGCGAGAGGCAGCGGAUCGGCAUUGCUCGAGCUCUGAUCAGACAGCCCAAGGUCCUCAUUCUGGAUGAAAUAACCAGCUCUCUGGACUCUGAGAGUGAAAAUAAGGUCCAGCAGGCCUUGGCAGGCUGCCCUGAUCAGACUCUUCUGGUGAUCGCUCACAGGCUGAAGACCAUCGAGAAGGCAGACCAGAUCGUUGUGAUCAGUGGAGGUAAAGUGAAGGAGCAGGGGACUCACCAGGAGCUGAUGGAGCUGAAGGGGAGUUACCAUAAACUGAGAGAGGAGCUGUUCAGUGAGCGAAACUCAGCACGAUGA